GUGCGAACGUCAAGAUUCCAUUUCUACGAACGCACGAAUUCCAAGGCUGAAAAUCUUUCCAUAUACCAAAGACGGCGUACUCCAAAGGGCAAACCGGCAAAGGCAACGAAUCCAUAGAUUCCAUACCAGUCGCACAAACUACUACGAUCAUAAGAUGAUCUCCAACCCCUCACGUGAACUCCAAUCGAUUGAUCGGCAACUCUGCCCUCAGAUGCACACUUCCUACUGGAUCGGCUUCGUGAUAAUGCUUUCCUGUCCACAAGCCGCUUGAUUCCUCGCACAGCAGGAUAAUUAGCGCAGCUAAAUUGCUUGCAAUAGCGGCGGAUUACUCGUAGCUGGCCUCGUGAUCGAUUGAUUGAUCAGUGGUAUAAAGGAGCCAUCAAAGAGGUGCCUUUGCUCCACCUUUCCUUCCCUUCUCGCCAUGAUGCUACCGUUCUGCUGGAAGAGUGCCGUCCUUGCCGCCGUUGCGUUGUCUUCCUCCGUCCUCCUGCUCCACGCCUUCUCGCUGCCCGCCUCCGCGCUCGCCGUCGGGCUCGCGGCGCGCCACCGGCGCGACGCCACGUCCGGCCUGGCGGCCUGUGACGUCUUCAGCGGCAGAUGGGUCCUCGACGGCGACUCGGUGGCGGCAGCGUCGUACACCGGGUACAACUGCCCGGUCAUCGACGCGGAGUUCAACUGCCAGCUCUACGGCCGGCCGGACUCCGAGUACCUCCGGUACCGGUGGAAGCCGGCCGGCUGCGAGCUACCAAGGUUCAAUGGAGCGGACUUCUUGACGCGGAUGAAGGGGAAGACGGUGAUGUUCGUGGGGGACUCGCUGGGCCGCAACCAGUGGGAGUCGCUCAUCUGCCUGCUGCACGCCGCCGCGCCGCAGUCGCCGGCGCAGCUCGUCUCGGAGGACCCUCUCUACACCUACAAGUUCCUGGAGUACGAGGUGACGGUAUCCUUCUACCGCUCGCCGUACCUGGUGGACAUCGACGUGGUUCAGGGGAAACGGGUGCUGAUGCUGGACGACAUCUCCGAGAACGCCGAGGCGUGGCGCGACGCCGACGUGCUCUCCUUCAACUCCGGCCACUGGUGGACGCACACCGGCGCGCUGCAGGGGUGGGAUUACAUGGGGGAGUCCGGGCGGUACUACGAGGACAUGGACCGGAUGGUGGCGUUCCAGCGCGGCCUCACCACCUGGGCCAACUGGGUGGACCUCAACGUCGAUCCAGCCAAGACCCGUGUCUUCUUACAAUCCAUGUCGCCCACUCACUACAGUUCGAAGGAGUGGCCCAACCCAGUGUCCAAGAACUGCUACGGCGAGACGGCACCGGUCACUGGGCUCAACACGACCAGUCAGGCCUCGGGCCAGGACCAGGCGAUCCAGGGCGUGCUGCGGGGCAUGAAGAGCCCGGUCCGUCUACUCGACAUCUCGGCGCUCUCGGCGCUGCGCAAGGACGCGCACCCGUCGGUGUACAGCGGCGACCUCUCGCCGGCGCAGCGCGCCAACCCCGGCGCCAGCGGCUCGGUGGACUGCAGCCACUGGUGCCUCCCCGGCCUCCCGGACACCUGGAACCAGCUCUUCUACACCCUGCUCUUCUACAAAUAGUAGUGAUACAACGAUUCAUUCACCAUUCAGAUAGCUAGCUAUAUUGUUGCACUGCCUAUUUAUUUGUUUUCUUUUCGGUGCGUGUAAACUGCCUCUAGUGUGACGUGGUGAUCGUAGGCGUAGCGUAUAUAAGUGGCUGGGAAGAAUGUGUAUGCCUGUUGAUCUUGCAAUGACAAAUUGCGGAACGCACGUUUACACUUAAUGAUUUUAAUUGUUGCAAA